AUGUCUGAGGCCGCUGGGGGGGAGAAAGCCACAUGCUCGAAUGAGAACGGCGAACAGGGCUCGACGAACUUCAUGGGCAACGCCCAAGCUGCGGCUCAGCGGCUCGGCAAGGCAGCUAGGGAGAAUCCCCUCCUCGCUGUAGCCACAGUAGCUACCGGAACCGGGCUUCUUGUUGUUGCUGCUCCCGCAGUUCUCACAGCCCCGAUCAUGAGCUUUGCUGGAGCAGCAGGCUUUACGCCGGCAGGAAUAGCCGCUUCUUCUGCUGCAUCGGCCAUCCAUGCAAGCAUUGGCAACGUUGUCGCCGGGAGUGUUUUCGCAACAUUCCAGAGUGCUGCCGCUGGAGGAUACGGAGUUGGUGUGCUGGCUGGCGCAGCUCAGACCGCUGGAGGCGCUGUAGCUGGUGCUGGCGGUGUUGGGGUCCUGACUUACUUCAAGGGCAAGGACAAGUCACAGCCAGAUUCGACGGAUGAGAAAAAAGAUCAGUAG